AUGGUACUCAACAAAUUCAUCAUGCUGAUGAAUGGCAAGACCUGGAUGAGUAAUAAAUGCCUUUCCACUGGGGAUACAAUUAUCACCAGUCUGUGCCUGUCCAGGUGGAUCUUCCAGUGUCUGACUGUCGUGUAUGAGAUCUUUGAAUGGUUUUUGCCAAAAGUCCAUUUAGGCUUCUUUAACAAGUUGAUUCCCCCGGCUAGACUUCUGUUUAACUAUGUCUCCAUCUGGUUGGCCAAUCUGCUCUGUGUGUAUUACUGUAUGAAGAUUACUAACUACAAGAAUGUUGUGUUCCUCUAUCUCAAGGUGAGGAUGUCAAGGUUGGUGCCGUGGUGUCUUGGACUAUGUGUGUUUUUUUCUUUAGUAUCUACUCUGCCUUAUGUUUGGCAAAGCUUCUUUUCCCAAUAUCAAGCAGGUACCACUGAUGUUUUUCACAACAUGACAAAGAAUUCAAUUGAAGGAGACUAUUCAUAUCUGAUUGGCUCCACACCACCUCUUGUUAUAUUCAGCAUUGCAUUCUUCCUGACUGUUCCAUCUCUUUGGAGGCACAUCAGAAACAUGAGCGGUUUUGGGUCAAGUUUUAAUAAUCCAGACAUGAAGACCCAUUACAAUGCCAUAAAAAGCAUGGUUGCUUUCUUUCUGCUUCAUAUCUUGUUUAUUACAUCUGUUAAUAUUCAUUUCGUUGGUGUGCUAGAAACUGGAAGCCCAUACCUACUACUGCCAAGAAUAGUCGCUUUGCUCUAUCCAUGCCUGCAUUCCAGUGUCAUCAUCUUCUACAACAGGAAACUCCGAGAAGGGUUCUUAUUCCCAUUAACCUAUGUACUGAGCUACCUUCAGAAGAAAGCAGAUCCCUGA